AUGAACGACAAGGAAAUUAUGGAAAUUUUGAAGCAAAAUUUGAAGGAGAAGUUGGCGAUGCAGCCGAAAAAUGUCGAUGUUCAGGAGAGCUCAUCGGAUCGGAGAGUCGAUCGACCCCGUUUGGACCACGAUUACUUUCCGGAAUACCUCAUCGAACGACAAAAGAACGAGAUCAUGAGAGAACAAAUCGAUGUUUUGUUGAAACAGAAUGGAAUACUGGUUAGGAAUGGACUCAAAUUCGUGCACAGUGCAACAGAGUACAAGCAGCUUUGCGAUCAAAGUGAUACGAUUUCUUUACAAGCGGCUUUCGGUGAACAAAAUAGCUUCUUGGACGAGAUCAAUCCAGAAAUGGAGUGGGAAAGUCAAGUGAAGUACAUGGAAGUGGCGGGAAAGCUUGAAAAGGGCCAAGAAAUGGACAGAGAAAUUAUGGCUUUCAUGCAAGAGGCUCAAGAGCUCGAGCGGACAAAUCAAGAGAUUAAAAGGACCGUUAAAUCGAUCUCAACCACUCUUUUCGACAUAGUAGCCGGUUUAUUCGGUCCCGUGCUCGUUCAUCAAUGGCUCUCAGCUUAUUUUGUCGGUUUCAUCCGGAUUUCUGGCUUUCAAAUUCACAUCUUUGCGGUGUUCUACAUCGGCCUAAUGAUCAAUCAAGGUUACGCAAUAGUGACCGCAUUUUUCUUCAAAAUCAAAUCCCUUUCGGCUGAGCAUUUGCGCAAAAGAAUCACCGAUUUUCAAAAGAUCGUCGUCUAUUCAAUGUAUGGAUCGAUUCCGAUUUUAUUGCUUCUUUUUCUCAUCUCCUAUCCUACCAAUAUGAUCGAUGAAACAGCAAAAGCGAAACCCCCCGUUCUAUUCCAGAUCGCCACCACUCCCGAGCUUUCCCCAUUAUCCAAUGAUCCAACGUUUGUCGUGUACAUCAUUCAAGGGAAUCCCAUUCUCUUAACAUUCGUCAUUCUGCUUGUUGCUUGUGGUGGGAUUUGCGUUUUCACAAUGACAUUUCUUAUGUAUAUCGCCGCGCAUCAAUUAACUUUAAACUCAUUGGCUUUAUCGCCGAAAACGAUGUUGUUGCAAAAGCGAAUGCUCUACAUUUUGAUGAUACAAGUAAGGAAUAUUAGUAAAAUUCGUCUAAAAUCAACAAUUCGCCAGUUUUGUGCUCUCACCUGUUCAUUUGCUUUUCCAUAUGCGAGUUUUGUCCUUGUUAGCAUCAUUGAACGACUUGGGUUCCCAGUGGAUUUUUACGAUUACGUUUCACCAUUCAUUUGUUUAAUCGGUGUCACUCACUCGGGAGUUACCUCACUUGUCGUUCUUCUUUGCACGAAACCCUACCGCCUUGCCUUGUGGAACAUGUUUCGAUGCCAUAAAUUGAUGGAGGGAUUGUACGGAAGCACGACAACUAAAUCAAUUUUGCCUGGUAAUCAAUCUUUCAUCGCUUCAAAUGCCCACACAAAUGAAAUGUUUAUGAAACGAAGAGCUAACAUCCAAGCAAUGGCUUUCCUCUCACAUCGCUCGGUGUCCAAUAAG